GGGAUCUGCACUCUGAUGUUUCCGGUAAGCUGCCGAGAGCAGCUGGGCCGAAACUCACCGCACCCUCCUGAUCCUCAGCCUCCUCUCCCGGGACAUUCCGCUCACCGGGACCGGCUCCACUCGCCACGGAGUUCGGGAUCUCAUUUCCCGUUAUAUGAGAGAGACAGUGAUCGCUGACAGACGCUUUAAACCUCGGCAGACACACGGACUGAUGCUAGCAAGCUAACAGCAUCCUCUCGCGCGGGCUGAGAAAUCAAAACAAUGCGUUUAUUUAUUACUUCUAGUUCAUUUAUACUCGUUUCAUGAAGUUAAUGUGCAUUUUGCUGAGUUUGAAAGUAUGUUAUGUGUGUUUAAGCGGCAGUAGCUCAGGCUGAUUAUACGUUUACAGGUGAUUUUACAGUUUGUUUAUAUUAUAUCUAAAUAAUAUAAAUCAUAUAAGAGUCCGUGUCAUAUUCUAGUAGUGUAAAGUGAAUGUUUGGGGUGUGCGGAUUCAUGCACCUAGUGUUUUAAAUUUGAUUUUUCAUCAUAAUGAUCAGAUCUGGAUGGUGAACAGGUUGAGGAGGGUUUGACCAGGUAAUCAGACUGAUCCAGGAACUUGAUCAGCUCGAUGACAAGCUGUAAAUUAGAGUCAUUAUUGAGUAAAGCUCAGUCUGAGCUCGCCUUUUACUGUCCCUGAGAUUAAAGGUCUUUUCACACGUCAGCCAUGGCUCCAAAAAAAAGACCAGAUCCCAUAGUUAUAACUGGAACCGGAGAAGGACAGCCAACCUCUACAUCCAUAGAUGCUGCGUCAGAAGCGAAUCUUGAGGCCCUGCAGAAGAAGUUGGAAGAGCUCGACUUGGACGAGCAACAGAAGAAGCGUCUGGAAGCUUUUCUCACGCAGAAAGCCAAUCUGGGCGAGCUGAAAGAUGAUGAUUUCCAGCAUAUCUGUGAACUUGGAGCUGGAAAUGGAGGUGUGGUCAAUAAAGUGUGCCACAAACCCUCUGGUCUUGUAAUGGCCCGGAAGUUAAUCCAUCUGGAGAUCAAGCCAGCCAUCAGACAUCAGAUCAUCAGGGAGCUGCAGGUCCUGCAUGAGUGCAACUCUCCCUACAUCGUGGGUUUCUACGGGGCGUUUUACAGCGACGGGGAGAUCAGCAUCUGUAUGGAGAACAUGGACGGAGGCUCUUUGGAUCAGGUUCUGAAAGAUGCUCGCAGAAUUCCAGAGGAGAUCUUGGGAAAAGUCAGCAUAGCCGUUUUAAGAGGUCUCGCUUACCUUCGAGAAAAGCACCAGAUAAUUCACAGAGAUGUGAAACCUUCAAAUAUUCUGGUAAAUUCUCGCGGGGAGAUCAAACUGUGUGACUUCGGCGUGAGCGGGCAGCUCAUCGACUCCAUGGCCAACUCUUUUGUAGGAACACGCUCGUACAUGUCGCCGGAGAGGUUGCAGGGCACUCAUUACUCGGUGCAGUCAGAUGUGUGGAGUAUGGGUCUCUCUCUGGUGGAGUUGGCCAUCGGCCGGUAUCCCAUUCCUCCGCCCGACGCCAAGGAGCUGGAGGGGAUCUUCGGCAGGGCAAUGAUGGAUGUUGGGGGGGCAGAGACACACAGUACCUCUCCUCGACCCAGACCCCCGGGCAGACCCGUCAGCGGUCAUGGGCCCGUCAUGGCUAUAUUUGAGCUGCUGGAUUAUAUAGUCAAUGAGCCGCCCCCUAAACUGCCUCACGGCGUCUUCACUCCUGAUUUCCAGGACUUCGUGACCAAAUGUCUCAUUAAAAACCCUGCAGACAGAGCGGACCUGAAGAUGCUGACGAAUCACACGUUUAUCAAGCGCUCAGAGGUGGAGGAGGUUGACUUCGCUGGAUGGUUGUGUAAAACUAUAGGGCUCAAUCAGCCCAGCACACCUACACAAACAGCCGAAUGACACACGCACACUUCACCAUGGUUUCCCCUACAGAAUACCAACGUUUACAGCGUAUCUGAUGGAACACGUGCAAAGCUGCUUAUUUUACACUUUUACUUCCAUAUACAUGGUGAAUCUCAUGAAACGUCACGGUCAAAACAGAGAAAUAAGAGAUUUUGCUGAAAGAAAAUGAAGCCUGUUUUUAGGAUUUUUUUGCAUUGUGUGCAUUUUGUCAUACAAAUUAAGUACAUCUGCCCACAAACUUCCCGUUACUGUAAUGAGGAAAAACAAUGAUAUAUUAUUAAAUUGCAAAAUGAAGUUCUGUAUAUUAUGGCCUUUAAAUAGGACCUUUUAUUCCCUUUUACAAAGUCUUGAUUUAUGCUUAAUUUUCAUGAAAAUGUCACUGUGCAAAAAAAAAUCUAAAUGGUCCUAAGAAUAUUCUUCAUCUUUUUUAAGCAAAAUAUAAUUUCAUAUAUUUUUCUUUUGGUUUUGUUGUGAAAUAUGACCUGAGAAUGUUUCCGUCAGAUUCGUCACAUCCAGGCACACGUAUGUUCUCAUUUGAUCCAUGAUCAUGUGUAAUGGAGUUCAUAUAUGCCAGGAAGUCACCGCCGGCACAGUUAUUAUUAUUUCUGUAUGUUUGUUCUUGCGUUUGCCACAAACAUCAACUACAGACAGUUACAGUUUGUUGCUUUAAGACUCUCAAUAAAGUGAUUGUAGAGGGGA